GGCUCCGUCACGUUACUCGAGGGACCUUUUCGAAAUCGAUUGAUUCAAGUGAGCGGUCUUUUAUAGGUAUAGGUUAAUUUACAUCGAUUUCAAAAUUACUGAAAAAGAUGAUUGAAGCUGAAAAUAUUGAAGAUCAAAAUGGAUUACGCCCAGAUGGUAGACGGGCAUUAGAAUUAAGGCAAAUUCGUGUAAAAAUGGGAGUUUUUGGCCAAGCUGAUGGAAGUGCUUAUAUUGAACAGGGUAACACUAAAAUUUUGGUUACCGUGUAUGGACCUCACCAGCCAAGAGGUUCUACAGGAAGAAGCACAAGUAAUAUUACUAAAGGUAUAGUAAAUUGUCAAUAUAGCAUGGCAGUGUUUAGUUUAUCUUCUGGAGAACGUAAACGCAAACCAAGAGGUGAUAGAAAAUCGCAAGAAAGAUCUCUUCAAUUAAAACAUGCAAUGGAAGCCAUAAUACAUUUAGAAAUAUAUCCACGUUCACAAAUAGAUAUUUAUGUAGAAGCAUUACAAGUUGAUGGAAGUGAAUAUUGUGCAUCUGUAAAUGCAGCUACACUUGCUUUAAUUGAUGCUGGAAUUCCUAUCAAGAAUUAUGCUAUAGGUUGCACUGUAACAUUAAUUAAUAAUCCAUCUUUAGAAGAUGAAGAUAAUACAUUAGGGAAAGGAGUACUAGAUGCAAAUUAUGUUGAAGAAUGUACUCCUGGUGUUACUUUGUCUGUUGUCUCAUUACCAAAUAAUGAUAGUACAUCAAAAGAUGGUUUGAUAGUAGUAGCACAAGGAGCAGGCCAAAGAUUACACUUAUCUCAAUUUGAGUCUUUAAAAGCUCGUGUAUUAUGUGGAUGUCAAGAUAUAAGAACUAUUUUAGAUUAUGCAGUCAGAGAAUAUUUAACAGAACAAUCGCUUCCUUCUCUUUUUCAUGUUGCAUUAAACUAGGUAUAUUAAAAAAAUUGUAUACAUAAAAUGUCAAAUACAAAAUUUUUUUUUUCAUAAAAAUCAUAUACAAAAUUAUUUUUUAUAUAUCAUUCUUAAAAUAUAUAUAUAUUUUUUUAUAAUAUCUUCUAAUUAUAUUAUACAGAAUUUGUUUUCAUCUUAAACUAAUAUUUGCAUUUUUUUAAAAAUAUUUAUAUUUCUUUUUUUCUUGCUUCAAUCUUAAAUUUUAGCACCAGGAUAUCUUUCCAUGAUCAUACCAACACCCUGUAAUUUAUUUGAUUAUUAAAAUAAAUUUAUUUAAUAUAAAUAUAGGAUAUUAAUAAUAAU